AACUAGUCCGCACAACACGUUGGCGUAUAAGUGAUAAAGCAAAAUAAAAUUUAAAAAAAUAUCAUAGAAUUUAUUUAUUUUUUAUAUUUUUAUAAAAAAUCUGCUGACACACAACUAAACGGUAUCAACGUGUAUGUGUGUGUGUGUGUCUGUAUAUAUAUAAUAUUAUAUUAUCAACAACAACCAGAAAGAAAAACAACCAAAAAAGUCUGAAGAAUAUUAGAUACAAAAUAAAAUAAAACAACAUAAACCAAAAAAAUAAACAAAAAAUAAUAAUAAAUAACGAAAAAUUUCAAAAAAACAACAGCAAGAUAAAUCAAAUUUUGAACGUCGUUGAAAAUAAUUUGAAUAUAAUUUCAAUAGCAACGCAAACAUAUCAAUUAUACUACAAUAAAUAAAUAAAUAGAAAUAAUUACAAAGCAUCAUACAUAAUCAACAGUUCUCUAAGAACGUCUUAAAUAAUUCCUCUAUUUUGAUUUAAGUAAAACAAAUUAAUAAUCAUAAUCAUUAGUUAUAAAUUAUUAAAUAAAUCAAAGCGAAAUCUAACGUAUCAAUUAAAUAAAACAACAACAACAACAACCAAAAAAACAAAAAUUAUAAUACUUCCUUAAUUCAAUUGAAACUAAAUCAAUUAAUUUGGAUAAGCAACAGCAAGCACAGGCGAUCAAUAAAAAGCUGCAUUAUAAAUAAAUCAUAUCAUUAAGCUUUUUGAAAAGUAUUGUUCGUGAGUAUUAAUCGUGAAAAGUGUAAGGUUUAUCUUGUAACUCCGAUAAAUAUCCCAACGAUAUUGCCGUUUUCAUUUGUGAUAGUUUGUGUAUGUGUCUGUGAAUAAGAAAAGAGGUGAGAUAAAGUUACACUGCAACGUUAAAAGAGGAAGUAAAAAGUAAGCGCUCAAAAAUUGAGGUCGGUUAACAGGUGACCUUGUACGAAAACAUCAGUUAAAGCGAAUAAUGCAAAUAGGAUAAGAUCGAUGUUACCACUACAUUUAAUGUCUCUCCAUGAAAUUUCAAAGCGAGAAGAAAGAACUAUGGCGUUAUGCGUCAAAAAACUUAACAGCACCUGUCCGUGGGACGACCAGACAGCAACCACUGCCGCAUCGCCUUCCACAUCAACGCCACCCUCAGCCUCGGGAACUUGGGGCCAUGAUGACACAAUCUCCUCAGGCAACGUUAUUGGGCUGUGGCGACGGCUAUGGCGAGAGCUCAACUUCGUCGACGACUACGAGCAUGAGCAUGCUACGUCAGGAAAAUGUCAGUACCCCACCGCCGCCCUACAGUUCUGUGCCCGAGCUGGAUUGCUCCUCGAUGGCGACACAGCAGGAUUAUCGUCUGACAUUUCGUCAGCAUCAGACGUAUCCCACAGACGGAGAAACGGAAACAUCUGUCUCGGCGACAGACUCCGAUACGGCCUACAGUCGAAAGCAAGCACCAUCCAGCAGAGAUGGUUGCAAUUACGUAAAUGCUGGCGACAUAAUGCUCGUCGACGAUUACGAAAAAUUGAACGAGACCAGCUCGUCCAGCAGUUACCAGUUAACAGCGGAACUGCAGAAGAAAGCUCGCCGUAUGUCUCCCCAACCAAAUAUCCCAACAAAUCCCCAAGUAGUUGCGACAUCAGCAACUACAACGACCGCAUCUUCCACGACAUCGUUUGCCGCUACCGCCGCCAAGAUUCUAAGGAAUUGUUGUGGCGGCACUUUCGGCUCUUCGAAUUCCGUAACAACUACACCUUCCAACACGAUUGCCAGCACCAACAACAACAACAACAAUACCUGCAACAAACUAAACUACGAACACUCCACAAGUGGUGUAGAUCAUUCGGCCACCAGCCACAACUAUCCACCCGAACAAUAUUUCAACACCCUAAUGAAACAACUCAAGGGCAGUCAAAUUUCGUCACUGCUAAAAGCAGUCAAAUCCCGACACGACCAAGUCAUCCCCAUCAUGCCACCAGCAACCUCCACCACCUCGUCUCAGCGCUGUUGUGUGGCCAACUACCAGACAAAUUGUAUACUAAUACGACGUGCCGAUAUUCUCGGCGAAGAACCUUAUGUGAUAGCAUGUCGCCUAUUUUUUUGGCGAGAUCUGAAAAACGCCUCCCAACUAAAACGUUUGCCCGUGUGUCCGAACGAACGCGACACAGUGUAUGUAUGUUGCAAUCCAUUACACUGGUGUCGCAUUCUCGAAACAGAAACUGCUCCACUUCCAUAUCAAAGUCAAAGGAUGAAUCAUUUCGAAGGCGAAAAUUCACAAAAUGGAAUAAACUCAUCAUCAUUCGGAAGCACAGACCCAGAAAACAUUCGACAAAAGUAUUCCGAUCUACGAGCACGAGUUUCCGAAUCAGUAACCACUGACGGUGAAGAUCGUCGUUGUUCACCAAAUUGGUGUGAAGUUGCCUAUUGGGAAAUGGCACAGCGGGUGGGUGAACGUUAUCCAGCUGAUACACCAACAAUAAAUAUAUUUUCUGAUAAGCCAAAUGCAUCUACUGGUGACCAUAAAGAUGGGAUGUGUCUCAAGGAAUUAAUCGAGAAACGUACAACACCGUCGCCGGACGAUGUACAGUACACACGACAAAAAAUUGGCUUAGGUGUGACUCUAAGUCAAGAAUUGGAUGGUGUGUGGCUGUAUAAUCGUUCGACAGUGCCCAUAUUUGUGUACUCGCCCACCUUGACCGAAAGUUGGUAUCGUGUCUGUCGCGUUGAACCCGGAGACUGUCUGAGAGCCUUUGACAAGUACAGGGCUCAAACCUUGGUACAUCCUGGCCAAUUUACAGGCGUACAAACCGGACCAAUCGACAAAUAUAGCAUGCGCAUCAGUUUUGGCAAAGGCUGGGGUUGUUCCUACAAACGGCCCGAUAUAACGCUCUGCCCCUGUUGGCUGGAGGUGCUUUUCAAACCUCAACGGUGACAGGCAUUGCAACUGUUAAACGGUGUAAAAUCUGUACCAUUGGAACAAACAGCAAGAUGGGAUAGUAAAAACCGUCCAGCAGUGACUUCCAAUAGUAAAUCGGCAGUAAUGAUAGAAAUAAUCAAUAAAGCAAAAUUGCAACAACGACAACGAGUGAAAAGAGAUGACGACAAUGGUCUCUGUCACAGUACCGUCACCAUCGAAACUAAAGCUCGUAAAAAAAAGCAGUGGUCGUCUUCAAUUUUUAUUGGCCAUAAGCAUCCAAUGCACCAGUGUAAGCUGUUCAAGCUCAAACUACAAACCACCCUAGUCAGAGUGAUUAAAUGUCUUCUGCUGGACAAUGUAUCAAUUUCGAGAAAUCAUAAAAUGGCCAUGUGAAUUCAAUAGAUGGGGAACAGAACAGAUAUUGGAUCAACACAAUUUACACGUAUGAUAGAAAUUAAUUUAACAUCAAUAACACAACUACAACUAUAAAGAUAAACUCAAACUCAAGGACUGGAAUUACAAUUUACAUGAAGAUUUUUCGUUUUCGUUAUUGAAAUUAACAUCAACGAUGAUGACACAAUAAGAAACAAACAGAUAUACGAAUACGAAUAGGUAUAAAAAUACAAAAAAUAUAAAGAAAUAAAUAAUUAAUCAAAAUAUUAAUUAAUUAUUUAGUUGUAGACUUUUCUGCAACAAAACGGUUAAACUGUUUUAAAUGGAAAUCCUGUGAUCCAAGUAACAAAAUAAAUUUACAAAAAAAAAAACAAUUAAACUGAUUAACAAUUAAAUUAAUUAACUUAUAUAUUAAGUACAAUUCCACUAAUGAUUCAGCUAAAAUCAAUUGGUCUAUUUGCACUUACAAUACACACGAUGAUUGUAAAACACUCUUACUUACAUAAAUUAUUUAAUUUCAAAAUUUUUACAUCCUAAUCAAUAUCUAUUUAUGUAAUAUAUAUAUAUGUAUGUAUGUUAGUACUUGUAUGUGUGUGUAUGUGUAUUUAUGUAAAUUUAAAUAUUGAUAUUCUGCUGGUCAGAUAUCAAAAUCAUUAUCUGUAACAUAACCUUUUUUUAAAAAUCUACAAUAUUGCCACUUAAAAUGCUAAAAAAAAAGUUGUAACUAACAUUUCAAUAAUUUAAAAAGAGAUGUAAAAAACGUUCUAAAAUAAAAAAUAUAUAUGUAUGUACAUUAAGUGCCAUUUUUUCAAAUAUUAAUAAUAGAUUCGCAGUGUGUUUUCAAUUACAAUUACAUAUUUAUUAAAAUGUUAGUUAGAGCUUUUUGCAUUUUAUUGUUACAGUGAAUACUAUGGUACCGUCAAAUAAUUCCCAAAUGAAAUAAGUCAAUACUGAAAUGAAGUAGUAUACAUACAGUAGAAGACAAAACUGUUCACGAUUAGAUGAAAUUUUAAUUUACAGAUUAUUUCUUGCACAUAACAACUGGUCCCAUAACAUUUUCCUUUUGUAAAUUGUUAAGCACUCUAUUUACUAUUAUCUGGUAUCUCACUCUUAAACUAACCGAACUUUUAUACGUUUUUUGAAUCACAUCUGAACGAAGUCAUAUGUGAACAGUAUUGUCCCCCAAUAGAUUUUGUGAAAAAAUUAUAUUAAAUUCUGAUAUUAAAAGAAGAAAAUUAAGUAAAUAUAAUCCUUUUAAUUUCUUUAUUACAAGAAAACACAAAAUAAAGCACUUCAAUAAAAUUUCAGUUACUUUACAAUGGAUAAAGCUAUAAAUUCAGUUUUGAAGAAAAACAUCCAAGAAGAUAUACAAAAUUGAGUUUCGUAGCAAUUAAUUGCUAAAAAAAAUACAAAGUUUCUAUCGGAUUUUACAAUAAAAUAAAAAAAUAAAUUAAUUUAAAAGUCCCACGAAAUUGUGGUUGUCGUCGAGCCACAAAUACUGCAGUUUCCACUGCAAUUAGAUUAAUAAAGUGCUUAGACAACAAUUCGAAUAUGUCUUAAAAAUAGCAAGAGCGAUUAUAAAAAAAAAAUGUUAAGUCAAAUCAUAGUAAGGAUCGAUUAAAGUUCGUUAAAUCGUACGAAAACUUCACCAUUGACGAUUAGUAACAAGUUAGUUGGUCUGAUGAAACUAAAAUUAAUCGGGUGGUGUCAGAUAGACAUGGGUUGUUAAACGCGUUGAGGUACAACAUCGCAACAUAUGUCAAACUAUGAAAUUUUAGGGGUGGAUCAAUCAUGGUUUGCUGAUGUUUUCAUGGCAAUGAGCCCGGUAUACUUCGGCGUAUCAAUGGUAUUAUGAGUGCCACAGACUGUAUUACCAUAUUGGCGGCCUCUUAUCUCCCGAGUCUGGCUAUAUUCGGUGUUGAAAAUGGUCAACAAGAAAUAUUUAUGCAGGACAACGCGAAAAUAACAAAAAAAAAUAACGAAAUCAAACUGCUCUUCCAGGCCACAGAUUUAAACCCUAUCAAGCACCUUUGGACAAUUUUGAAACGGAACAUGUUUGCCGAAAAAGACUCUCCAAGACCUGUAGUUGAAAUGUGGGAGCGAGCUCCUCUAGCAAGGCAAAAUAUAAGCCCAAACAUAUCGUAAAAUCUUGUAAAUAGUAUGCCAGAAUGAAUCAAAGCUCGUGGUGGUCAUACAAAAUAUUUAUUUUAAAAUUAAUCUGUUUUUCAAACAAGGGGCAAAACUGUUUACACCGACUUUUGUUUUAAAAGUAGUAUGUAUAUUGUAUUUAAUCUAAUUUUUAAAUUAAAUUGAUACUCUUUUAAAAAUAAUUAAUAUUUUUCUUAUACAUAGUGAAUAAUAAAAUUCUUCUGUAAUAGAAAAAUUUCGGGACUUUUUGUGAACGGUUUUGUGUUGUACUCUAUGUACGUAUAACACCCUACUUUAAAAAUGAAAUAACUCUCAAAAAAGGACAAACAAUAACUAUUUAUGAAUUUUUCAUAUCGGAUUUCAAUGAAAUUAAACGAGUCAACCUUGAAACUUAUCCACUUAGCCCCAUUAGCAAUAAAAACAUAACUUAACGUUAGGUCUUAAUUUCAAUAAUUCUCAGUUAUAAAAUUAUCCAAUAUAAAUUGUAUAGUUAACACUUUACUACCAAAUAAUUGUAGCAAAAUCAAUGUGACACAUUUCAGUGUCAAAAUUAAAUAUUAAGACAUAGUUAGUGAGAGCUUAAAGUUAAGGUUUUAUUGUUAAUGAGGGUUAAAGUCUAAAAAUCAUAUACACUGAUGGACAAAAGUCACCGCCAUUUCCCUGUAGAAUGUUUAAAGGACUACCACGUUAUAAAUAUAAUUGAAACACAAAAUUUUAUUUUUUCAACAAAAACAAUAAUUCAUUUUUAUUAUACUUCAGUUAAAACAAGUCUUUUUAAAUUAACCUAAUUUACAAAUACGUAGCGUGGCGGUCCUUUACACAUCCUAAAGGGGAAAUGGCGGUGAAUUUUGUCCAUCAGUGUACAUAUGUCAAAAAAAAUAAAAAAUUCAAUUAAAUUUAAAAAUUGUCUAAUCCACAUUUCAAAAUGUUCACUAAAAUGUUUUUGUUUUUAAACCUUAUUUGCAUUUAAAUAAAACAUAUAUCGAGUUAACUAUUGUUAUUUUGAUUGAUUAUCAUAGAUAACUAUAGAAUCACUAUAGAAUAAAUACACAGAAGGUUAGGAGAGAGAAAAAAUUAUACAAAAUGUUUCUCUUUUCAAACAUAUGGGCAAAUCAGCGUUGUCAAAUUUUCAAAGCACUGAACUCAAGACAAAUUUAUUGAAUUCUAAAUUUCUAACUAAUGAAAUUUAAAAGUUGACGAUUUCAUACAUACAUAUGUACAUUAGGGAUAUAACUAAUUUUGGCGAAAUGUUUGGCAUACCAUCACGUGAUGGUCAAUGUUGUAUAAGCAAUGAAAAUCAUUUUUUAGGUCAUUUGGAAUCAAAAACAUCACGCACCAACACAAAUUUUUAAAAUAAACUAAAUAUAAAACAUUUCAAAACAAAAAUAUUUAAUAAAAAAAACUGUGCUAUGCUAUCCAAAUUUGCAAAAAAAGUCAAGAGUUAUAUCCCUAAUGUACAUACACACAGCCUUAAAAGUGAGUAAACACUAUAAAGUAUGAUUUUUUUUAAGAUAAUGAAAAACCUAAAAUCGAUCCAUCGAUUAAAAUUUAAAAGUUCCGGUUUGUUUGAGAAUGGGACUAUAAUAAUUUUAAUGAUCUUAAAAUAAAAUCGAUCCAUCGAUUAAAAUUUAAAAGUUCCGGUUUGUUUGAGAAUGGGACUAUAAUAAUUUUAAUGAUCUUAAAAUAAUCAAAAAAUUCACUGGUGUUUCAGGCUUUAUGUACAUGUUGAAUAAAUUUCUGGUAAUUAAUUCACCUUGGUUUUUAAAUCUGCGGAUCUUAAGCCAUCAGUUAUGGAUAUUGUUAGAAUGUUUAAUCUGUUUAAUCACUCCAGUUUGACUACAGAAAACCUCACUUAAAAUAGACAAUAAAUGCAAUAUUUUUCUCAAAAAGACAAUUUGGUUGUGUCGGUGUUACCUACAUUAUGUGUUAUAAAUUUAAAAAUUUUAAUUAUUUCUUUUUUUAAAUAUUGUUUUUUAUUUAAUUUAUAAAAAUUGAUCAUAUACGAACAUUAUAAUAUUUUAUGUUGAUAUGCAUCAUUUUCUGUUCCAAAUAAAAAAACUCUCUACCUAAAAUAUUUAUGAUCUGUUUCAAUUUGUAUAAUUUUUCUAGUCAUUCAAGUGACAUUAACAUUAAUAUCAAGUUGAUGAUCAUUGUUAAACGAAUCUUAUUAUAAUUACAAAAUAUAUACGAUUUGAAAUUUCUGCAAGUCUUUGCAGUGAGACUCACUUGCAUUUCAUUCAAAGCGGAAAUGCAAAAAUGAGAUACAUACUGUCAUUCAUCUGUAAUAGUAAAUAGAAAUAAUAAUUGCAUUCGAACACUGACCAUCCACCGACAAAUCAGUCAAAUACCUCUUACCGAUAUCUUGAAAUGCUUAAUGUCAUAUUGCGAGAAUUAUUGUAUUUAAAUAUUUGAUUUUUUAAUAGUACUAACAAAUUUAAGAGAUUUAUUAGAUUUAAAGGGUUUUUCGGAAUUGCUUCCUACAUGAGAGUUAUGAUACAUUAUGAUCAGACCGUGAUAUUUAUCAGUAGGUAUUUGGGAAUAUUACUAUUUGGGAUCUAUGAAAUUUGAGUUUUUUUCUUUGUGAGGAUAUAAUUCCGACCUAUAGUUUAUAAUACUGACAUCAAAAAAUAUGUUUACUCAGUGAUUCUUAUUCGAUUGGUCUUCUAAAAGGUAUAGAUUAAUAAAUAAUGGAAAACAUUCAUUGGUCGAAAAAAAGAAAUAAAUCAUACGAAAUAUUGGCUUAUUUAUUUAUUAUUUUAAUUUGGUACCAAAUUUAUCAACAAUAGAUAUUUAUUAAAGUACCAAAAAUGCGAUUUUGUAAAUUUUCCCAUAAAAUGUAAAUUAUUCCUAAUUCUAUUUGAUGAACACUUAUUUAAUCAAUUGUUUUAUAGCUUUUUGUAAAUAGCUGAACGUUUUUUUCCUCGUUCAUGUUCUUAUGAAAUGGUCGUAGUGCUCCGAUGUGUUUAAGAUUAUAAGACCUAACGAUAUGAUUAAAUACUAUCAAGUAACUAGCAGCAGCAAGGAUGAACUUUUUUCAUUCCAUUUUAAUUAGUAAACAAACGUCCUAAUGGAUUAAUUUAUAUGAAUUUCAUUUCAUAUAUAAUUAAAGAUUAUUGGCAAAUAAUCCAAAUCCAAAAUAAUUUUAAAUGUGUUGGAUUAACACAUAUACUUCUACGUACACACAAACAUACACAUACAUACAUAUAUACACACACACACGUUUUAAUAUUAAAAUGAUUCUUCAUAUAGAUAUCUAUCUUCAUGUAUAGAUCGUUUCACACAAAUUUAUUUCAUAAUGAAAACAAAAUGUUAAUUGAAUUCAUGAAAUCGUCGAUUCCUGAUAUUAUUAUUAUUAUUAUUUUUAUUUUUAUAAAUAUUAUACCUUAAUAAUAUUGUAGUUUAGUUAACUUUUUGUAUUAUUUUUAUUUAUUAUUGAGAGAACAACAAGAAGUAGAAGAAUAUGAUGAUGAAAAAAACUACAAUUAUUUGUAACUAAAUAAAUACCAUUGAAAAUCAACUAAAUAUAAAUAAAAUUUAUAAAUGAAUACAACUAAAUUAGUUAAAUAAACACGAUCAAUUUCAUACCAGGCUGUAAAGUUUACGGACGACGCAUUUACCCAUAUAAAUUAAAUAGAAGAGACUAUUUGACAACUUUAAAUCCCGGUCAAAGCAGUCGCAUUCAAGCGCCUUAAACUUAAACAAUGGCAACUUUGUGUGAAACGGAUCGUUAAAUUAAAUUCCAAAUUGUAUUUUAAUUGUAAAAUUAUAAACAAAUAUUAAAAAGAGAAUGAAAAUCUAAACAAAUUUCAUGUGAAGUGAAGAAAAAACAAAUGCGAAAGUAAAUUAAACAAAAACUAAAAUAAUCUAAAUGUAUGGCUAUUGUUAAGUUUUAAGAAAUUUUGUACAAUAAAUGAAAUUGAAAACAAAAAAAUAUUUACCAUUAAAAACAAAAUAUAAACACACACAAA